AUGUCGCCUCCUUCCAGGUCUCAGAUCGUUCGACAUUUGACGUCUAGUAAAACUUAUGCUAUUGAGAAGGACUGGUACCGGAUGUGGGCUACCAUUGCGAAGCUCUAUCGAGAGGAGAACAAAUCGUUGAGACAAGUAAAGGAAGUUAUGGAAACUGAACAUCACUUUUACGCCACAACCAAGAUGUAUAAGUCAAGACUGAAGACUUGGAAACUAGACAAGAAGCUUAAAGAAGCUGAAGUGGUAGAAAUGCUCCGACGGAAGCAGGACCGCGAGGCUGCAGGAAAACGCUCACAGUUCUUCCUCCGGGACCAGAAGGUCAACUGGGAUCGUGUGGUUCAGUAUUUGAAACACAGACCAGACUUACGAGAUACAGCUAGUAUUGAUGUCGUGCGAUGUCUAGAUUCGAGUCCAGACAUUAAGUGCUCUACGCCUUCACCAAUCUUGUCCAAGACCGAGGUCCCUCAUCGAGUAGAGCCGCACCUGGACUUGCGCCUGCUCGACGACUCUCUGAGGGCCUUGCAAUCCUACCUUGACGUGGCAUUUGAGACGGGGUUGGUCGUUAUCGACGGGUGCAUCCUCUUUGGGCCCAACGGAGAGCCAGCGAGGCAAAGGGUCCUGGCAUGGCACGACGAUAUGGCCGGCGUCAAGACCUUGCUAAACAGCAACCAGACGACUGCCGCCUUUCGCCUUCUGAAUAAGCAGCUCGAUGUACUGGAGCAUCUGAUUAGAGAACAGGACCCUCAGCUCCUACUGCUCACGUUCCACGACAUCUUUGACCUCGAAUCUAACCUUUCAGAGUCGCUCAUUGUCUUUGUGGCUCGAAUCCAUCAGGCUGUCUUUGGCGAGCGACAUCCCCUUAGCUUGAUCUGGGACAGACUCGCUCGCUUUUCGGCAAAGGCCCGUCUGCAGGCUGUGCUGAGGAUGGCGGCAUACAGCGCAAAGGAGAUAGAGGCUCGGAUGGGGGCUCAGUCUGCGUACGUUGGGGUUCUGGAAUGCCUUCAGGUGGAUGUGCAUAAACACGGAGGCUCCAAGGAUGCGUCUGGGAGUUUAGGGAGUUGA